GGGGUGGGGUUGACUGGCCGGGCUGAAGUGGGGAGCAGCUGGGCGUGGGUUGACCUGCGGGGGAGGACAGCAAAGGCCCAGGGAAGUGGAGGGCUUUGCAAGAUGGGUUUAUUUUUGGUAGUGGAGGUCCAUUAAUACGUCUGUGGCAGACAGGAAUAGGCCAACGUUGUUCUGAUUGGCAAGCGCAAGGUGCACGUGAUGUCAAAACUAUUAACAGACGGGGAGGACUGCCUUUGGCUUCAGUUGAAUGUGGAUUGAGCCCACCACAGUGGCAAACCCUUAUUGUUUCACCCUUUCAAAAGGGAAGGGAAGAAACCUUUAUUUUAUUUUAACAUGUGUGUCCUGCUCUUUUCCCAAGGAGCCCAUCAGGGCUUUCUUUAUCCUUCCUCACAACAACCCGGUGAGCUAGAUGGAACAAAGAUUCUGUUAACAAUAGUGGAUAGAAAAAGUCUUAUAAAAAGCUGGCAGAAGAAUACAGCACUUUCUAGGCAUGCAGAAUGGCCACGUUUCAACCUUUCAGAGCAAUGGAUGGUAAAAUAUUUGCAAUUAGGUGAUGGUUCAGCUGCUCUGAAGAACUAUGAACUGGCUUUGUAUGGUACUGAUGAGAAAAAUACAGAGUCGUGUCUGGGUGUACUCAGUGCUGGUUCCAAAGAAAACUAAACUGGUUCCACAUCACUGUAUCUGUGGCAACAGGCUGCUGUCAGAGCACAGACCUAAAAACAUCAGAAACUCUUACAGGCUGCUUAAACUUCAGGAAGGCUGUUCCUUGGAUGAUGUCAGAAAUUCAUACCGAGACCUAGCCAAACAAUUUCACCCAGACAGUGGAUCAGUUACAGCAGAUUCUGCAACUUUUGUGCAGAUCGAAGAAGCAUACAGAUCAGUGCUUAAUGAUAUUGCCACAAAAAUGAAAUUAAGUGAAAAGGUGGAGGAGGAGGAGGAGGAAAUAUUCAAACCUAAAGCACCACAACAUAGACAGUAUUUAAAUUUCGAAGGUAUUGGUUUCGGAACUCCAAGUCAAAGAGAGAGACAGUAUAUGCAGUUUAGAGUAGAUCGGGCUUCUGAACAGGUCAUGGAAUACCGAAAGCAGAAAAUGGAGAACCAGUUUGCGAUACACAAUGUUAUGUUAGCUAAAGAUGUAAAGCAAAGUAAGAAGGCAAAGAUUACACAAGCAAUUGAACGGUUAGUUGAAGACCUCAUUCAGGAAUCUAUGGCAAAAGGAGACUUUGAUAACCUCAGUGGUAAAGGAAAGCCAUUGCAAAAAUUUUCAGACUAUCCACAUAUUGAUCCUAUGACUCACAAUUUGAAUAGAAUUCUAUUAGACAAUGGAUACCAGCCAGAAUGGAUUUUAAUGCAGAAAGAAAUACGGGAAACAAUUGAACAAUUACGAAAUGACAUGGUUGCUUCUAGGAAUAAACUUGGAGAUCCAAUGACACCACAUAAAGAGAAACAAUGGAAUGAGGUUUGUGAACAAUUUAUAAAAAAUAUCAAGAUGCUAAACAAAAGGAUUAAUGACUUCAACUUAGUUGUCCCUAUUCUCAGCAGGCAGAUGGUGCAUUUUAAUGCAGACAAAGAAAUUACACGUGCUCAAGAGCUCUAUGAAACCAAGCUGAAAAAAACAAAGGCACUAAAGGCUGCAAAGGACACUGAGGAAACAGAAAACCAAAGUGUCAAUGCACCUACUUUUAAAACAAGUUUUUUAAAAUGGGUUAAUCUUAUUUUCAAAUAAGAUUGAGUUGAUGGUCAUUUGGUGUAACUAUGAAAUGCACUUUGAGAGUUAUAUCACUUCUAGAAGACAUUUAGCUUUUAUGUUUAUUGUGGUAAUGGAGUUUGCCAUCCCUCAGUCAACAGGUAGUUACUGAGUUUUGUUGUGGAAGUAUAGGAACAAAUAAACAUUUCUACCAGCAA